UCAGCUUUUCUUCGUCUCUUUUCCUCUUCCUCUCGAUCGGCCCAAAAAUUCCCUCUGUUCUUCUUCUUCUUCACAGACGAUCUUCAAUCUUUUCGCCCAUUCCUGUACAUGUAAACCCUAGUUAAACCCUAGAUUUCUCGAUGAUUUCAUCUUAAUUUCACUUCUUCCUCUCUCAUUUCAAUGUUUACGGCUUUAUUGAAGCUCGAUUUGGGCGUGUCGAUGGCGUUUCUUGGUUGAAGUUUCUGUUUUCAAGCAAAAUGUCUGUUUCCGAGCUUAAGGAGCGGCAUGUGGCGGCCAUUGAGAUGGUCAACUCUCUCAGAGAGCGCUUGAAAGAGAAGAGGCGUUUGUUGCUCGACACUGACGUAGCUGCGUUUGCGAGGUCUCAGGGGAAGCGUCCCGUCUGUUUCGGAGCUACGGAUCUCGUCUGCUGUAGGACUUUGCAGGGUCAUACUGGAAAGGUGUACUCGUUGGAUUGGACUUCGGAGAGGAAUCGAAUUGUCAGUGCAUCUAAAGAUGGACGUUUAAUAGUGUGGAAUGCUCUAACAAGCCAGAAGACUCAUGCCAUAAAGCUACCUUGUCCAUGGGUCAUGACUUGUGCUUUCUCGCCUUCUGGUCAAUCUGUAGCGGGUGGUGGUCUCGACAGUGUCUGUUCUAUCUUCAACCUCAACUCUCCAAAUGACAGGGAUGGCAAUCUGCCAGUGUCUAGAACUCUUAGCGGGCAUAAAGGGUAUGUUUCCUGUUGUCAAUAUGUUCCAGAUGAUGAUAAUCACCUCAUUACUGGUUCUGGGGAUCAGACUUGUGUAUUGUGGGAUAUUACUACUGGACUUCGAACGUCUGUUUUUGGAGGCGAAUUUCAAUCCGGGCAUACAGCAGAUGUAUCAAGUGUAUCUAUUAGCGGAUCCAACACAUUUAUUUCUGGUUCUUGUGAUGCAACUGCUCGCCUCUGGGACACUCGGGUAGCUAGUCGAGCAGUGCAGACAUUCCACGGACAUGACGGAGAUGUUAAUACAGUAAAGUUCUUUCCAGAUGGUAACCGGUUUGGAACUGGUUCUGAUGAUGGAACUUGCAGACUAUAUGAUAUCAGAACUGGGCAUGUUCUCCAAGUUUACCAUCAGCUGCACAGUGAUGAUACCAACCCACAUGUAACCUCCAUAGCAUUCUCUAUAUCUGGAAGGCUUUUAUUUGCUGGAUACAAAAAUGGCGAUUGCUAUGUGUGGGACACUUUACUUGCACAGAUGGUUUUGAACUUGGGAACACUUCACAACUCACAUGAAGGGCCAAUUACUUGCUUGGGUUUGUCUGCUGAUGGAAGUGCUUUAUGUACAGGAAGUUGGGAUUCAAACCUGAAGAUUUGGGCUUUUGGAGGUCAGAGGAAGGUUAAUUAAGGAGGGAAGAGGUGUAUUUUGUGUAAAAGCCUUCCUUGGGCUGUGUUUAGUGUAUGGAUGCAAACUCAUCGUGAAACCCUUCAAAUUGUAUUGUUGGUAUGUAAAUCCAUAGUUUUCUCUCCAAAUUAGACCAUCUGAGAGCAUUCACAAACAUGAUUGAUUAUUCCAAACAAAUAUAUGAUGAAAAUGGCUUUCUUGUCUC